UGGAGACAUUACACUACACGGAUACAUCCAUACUAAUAUGGAUUUCUUUCUUGGAAGAGGAUUGAAUCUGAUUACUAUGACAAGACAAGGAAGAAGUGAGGGAUGAAGUGUCUACACUUUCUUCCUUGGACCCUGGUGACAUUAUUGACAAUUUUUGGGAAAAACUAUGGAUCUGAUUCUGAUGAAAAAAAUAGACCCAGAAGGAACAUUAAUCAGGCACAGCCUCGUAUGUCAUCCGAAGGGGGCAAUUUAGUCUUCCACACUGGCACUGCCAAGAAUAUUGAGUUCAGAACUGGAUCACAAGGCAGAAUAAAACUUAAUGAAGAAGACCUUGCUGAUGUUUUUAAUCAGAUCCAAAGGAAUAAAGAUGAAAUUGUAGAACUAAAAAGACUCACCAGCAUACCUCUCAAUGUUUCUAGUGAGAUCAUCCAGCUUCAAUCCCAGAUUGUGAAUAUUGAAGACCGACUUCAUAGUCUUGAGACGACCUUCCUAAAAAAAGCCUGUAAUAGCAACCCUUGCCAGAAUUCUGGAACCUGCAUAAACCUAUUAGAUGCUUUCUUUUGUCUUUGUCCCAACAAUUGGCAGGGACCAGAUUGUUCUGUUGAUGUUAAUGAAUGCCAGGUUUAUGAAGGAACAUCCUUAGGAUGCCAGAAUGGAGCAACAUGUGUAAAUAACCCAGGGAAUUACAGUUGCAUUUGUACACCAGAAACAUAUGGACAGUACUGCACAACAAAAUUUGAUGAUUGUCAAGGAAGAUCCUCUCUUCUCUGUGGGCAUGGGGUUUGUGUGGAUGGAAACAGAGAACAGCUCCACCAGCCAAAUUAUACUUGCAUCUGUGAUGAUGGCUGGAUGUCGCCUCCAGGGAGCCUUGCUUGCACUGCUGACAUUGAUGAAUGCAGCUUCCCGAACCCACCUUGUUCCGUGAAUCCUCCUGUACGGUGUAUCAACAUGCCAGGCUUUUAUUUCUGCGAUUCUUGUCCAGCAGGCUAUGAAGGUGAUGGGAAAGUAUGCACACUGGUUAAUAUAUGCUCAGUCGACAAUGGAGGCUGCCAUCCACUUGCUGUAUGUAACAUCACAUCAGGACCGGUACCUAAUUGUGUUUGCCCAGAUGGAUACACUGGAAAUGGUUAUGGUUCAAAUGGAUGUUUUGCCCUAUGCCAAACACACAAUCCUUGUGUAAAUGGACAAUGUCUUGAUACAGUCUAUGGCUAUAACUGUGACUGUGAUCCUGGAUGGAGUGGAAUCAACUGUUCAAAAAACAUUGAAUGUGGAGGAGAACUGACCAGUACAUAUGGGACAAUUAAUUCACCUGGCUAUCCUGGCAGCUACCCUCCCAAUAGGGAUUGUGAUUGGAUCCUUUCAACUAAUCCUGGUCUUUUUAUUACAUUUGCAUUUGGCUUAUUGAGUCUUGAACAUCAUGACAACUGUAUCAAAGAUUAUCUUGAGAUUCGAGAUGGCCUUCUCUCACAAGAUCCCCUCCUUGGGAAAUAUUGCAGUACUGGGUUACCACCUCCUCUUCAAACCACUGGUCCAUAUGCUCGGGUACAUUUUCAUUCUGAUGGUUUUCAUAACAAUAGAGGAUUCCAUAUCACAUACAUAACAUCACCUGUGGAUCCCAACUGUGGAGGAAACUAUACUGAUAGCAGUGGGGUCAUCAUGUCUCCCUACUGGCCCAAUUCUUAUCUGAACAACAGACAAUGUGUUUAUAUCAUUCGACAGCCACCCAAUGAAAAAAUCUACUUGAAUUUCACACACCUAGAGCUGGAAAGACACCCUAACUAUACUCGGAACUAUAUAGAGAUCCGAGAUGGUGACACUGAGAGGGCUCCCUUAAUCAACAAGUUCUAUGGAAGUAUGCUCCCUUCUGCAAUCACUUCCACACAAAGUAGCCUCUGGAUCAAGUUCAAAUCUGAUAUUUCAGUUAAUACUUCUAACUUCAGGGCCACUUAUGAAGUUGCUUGUGGGGGACCCUUGUUUGGUGAAGGGGUCAUCAGAUCUCCCUACUUUAACAGACCAUUGCCAAAGGGUCGUAUCUGUGAAUGGAUCAUCUCUGUACCUGAAGACAAUAUUGUGGUUCUUAAGUUCACUAAUUUUCAUAUCUAUAAUGACACUACUUGCAAUUCAGAUUAUGUGGAGAUUAGAAAUGGUGGCAAUGCAACCUCUCCUUCUUUGGGAAGAUACUGUGGGAACACUAUACCACCUGUGGUUCAUUCAAGACAUAACUUUCUUUAUAUAAAAUUCAAAGCUUCAUCUACUACAAACCUUGGCUUCAUGGCUGAAUACAAACCUUUUGAUAUAGUAUGUUCACAUGAAUAUAUGAACGCCUCUGGUGUGCUAACAUCACCAAACUAUCCAAAUAACUAUCCAAACAAAAUGGUAUGCAUAUACAAGAUCCAUGUGGCAAACAACAAACAAAUUGCUUUGCAUUUCACCAAUUUCUCUUUGGAGGAUGACGCCAUGUGUCUGCAUGAUUAUCUUGAAAUUAGAAAUGGAGCCUUUGAAACAUCUCCUUUGCUUGGGAAGUAUUGUGGCUCCUCGUUGCCUCCUGUUACUAUUUCCCAUAGUAAUAAUCUAUGGAUAAAGUUUGUGAGUGAUAUAUAUUCAACAAGUACUGGCUUCUCAGCUUAUUGGGAUGGAACAUCAACAGGUUGUGGUGGAAACCUUACAACUUUUUCUGGAACAUUCAUGUCUCCCAAUUACCCUAUGCCCUAUUACCAAGAUGUGGAAUGUUAUUGGCUGCUGAAGUCAAGUCAUGGAAAUGUGUUUGAAAUCUAUUUUGAUCAAUUCCAUCUAGAGUCGCAUCAAUCCUGUAACUCUGAUUAUCUUGCUGUGUAUGAUGGCAACAGUAACAACAGUAACAUGUUAGGCAAGUUUUGGGGUAAUAAGAUCCUGCCCACAAUUCGUUCUACUGGCAAUAAUAUGUAUAUAAAUCUAAGGACAGGCCCCUCUUUAAAUGGAAGAGGUUUCCUUGCUCAUUUUAAACAAGUUUGCCAGGGAAUAGUAAUUGUCAACCAUUCCCAAGGCAUUUUGGAGAGUUUGGAAUACCCUAACAACUAUCCUCCAGGUUUAUAUUGCAACUGGACCAUCCAAACUACAACUGGUAACACCCUGAACUACAGUUUCCAAGCACUUAGCACGAAAGGGGGCGACAGGUGUGAACGUGACCAUUUAAAGCUUUAUGAUGGCCCUAAUGCUCAAUCCACUUUGAUCGGCACAUUUUGUGGAGAUAAUGUUCUUCCAUCUGGAGGUACCACAAAUUCCAGUCUUCAUGUGGUCUUUUUUUCUGAUCAAAUUGGUGAAUCUACUGGAUUUCAGAUGCUAUGGAAAGUAAAUGCAGAAAAAGGAAACUUGAAAGUUAACAAGGUUGAUGCUAUAUGGAACAAAAAUGUGACUGAAUCUGGAUGUUCUGCUUCAGAUACCACAAAGAUACCUUUCUCCCAAGGUAACAAGGAAAACUCCCAAGGUAACAAGGAAAACUAUUUUCCAACCAGUACUGCCUGGUUUUUGUUUUCAGAGUGUGGUGGAGAAUUGACAUCUGGAUCUUUCCAUAGCCCUGGCUAUCCAAAUAGGAACCCACAAAACAGGGAAUGUUACUGAUAUAUUCCAAUAGCACCAAGUAGUAGCAUUCAACUGACUAUCCUGGAAUUUGAUGUGGAAUACAAUUCGAGUUGCAACCAUAAUGUUCUGGAGAUAAUCUAUGGUGGAUAUGAUUCAUCAACACCUAAGCUGGCUCAAGUUCGCACUUCAAGAUCAUCACAGAGUCCUUUGCAUAUCUCUAGCACUGGUAAUGCAAUUACAGUCAGCUUCAAAACAAGUGGGAGAAUGAACAGAAAAGAAUUCAAUGCCAGUUGGCAAGAAAUAGCUGGAGUUUGUGGAAAUAUCUCAGAAGCUUCUUUAGUUGGUGGAGCCAUUUCUUCUCCUCUGUAUCUAGCAACAUACCCAAAUAAUCAGAAUUGUAGCUGGAUUAUUCAAUCUCAAGAACCAGUUAACCACAUUACAUUAUCAUUCGCUGAUUGUGACAUUGAAAAUGAUAUACAUAGCUGCAGCACUGAUUAUGUAGAAAUUUGGGAAGGGGAUAAUUCCAAUGCUCCUUUUCAAGGCAUGAGAAAUUUUGGGGAGGGGGGUACCUUCCAUAUGGGGAGAGGAACCUUCAAUAGCCCAAGUUUUCCUGAAUCAUACCCAUUGAACACUGAAUGUGUCUGGAAUCUUCUGAGCUCCCUUGGCAACUGGCUCCAGCUGUCUUUCAUGGACUUUCAGGUGGAAGAAAAUGAAUGCUGUACCAGAGGCUACAUAGAAAUUAGGGAAGGUGAUUCCAGUGUUCCUCUGAUGGGACUGUACUGUGGGAACUCUUUGCCAGUGAUUAUACCUCAAUUACUGGACAUCUUCUUUGGUUGCACAUUAGAUUAUUUUGAAUUACGAGAUGGGGCUGAUUCCGCAACUCAGCUCAUCAUUAAACUAUGUGAGACCUCUAUGCUGGGCUUUCAGAGAACUUCUGGUUCUUCCCUAUAUAUGAGAUUCCAAUCAAAUAGUCUGGAGAGACGGCGUGGAUUCAAAGCUAGAUUUUCAAGAGGUGCCAUUUAUCUUACCAUUAGCUUUGAAGCACUAGAUAUUCAUCACUCACUAAAAUACAAAAACUACUUGUUAAUUCUAGAAAAUAGAGUGACAGGGGACUUACUAGGUAGAUGCUAUGAUGCUACUAUACCUGCUGAUGUGGACACUGUUAGUAACUUGGCCUAUAUCAAGUUUGUCAUUGAUGAAUCCAUCAAUGCUCAAGGCUUUCAGCAAGAACUGUGGUUUGAACUAUUUGGCACCAAUGGUGAUGUGAAACAAGCUGAAAGAGGAAUUAUUUCAAGUCCAAACUACCCACAUCCUUACAAUAGUUCUACUCAUUGUUCCUGGCUCUUGAUAGCACCAGAGGGAAUACCAUCAAUAUGGCCAUGCAGAUGUGAUGGCAUACUUCAUAAAGAAAAUGGUACCAUAACUUUUCGCUAUUGGCCAGAAAUCUUUCCUAGUUCCACCAGGUGCUCAAGGGCAGUAAUUACCCAUGAGAGCAAACAUUGUGAAAUAAUCUUUGAUCAGAUUCCAGAUAACAAUUUCCAGAUUCCAGUGGCCCAGUGCAACUUCCAGAAUUUGGACGAGAACUUGGUUGAACAAUUUGUGUGCGGCGUUAAGGACAUAAAUUUGAGAAGCCGCUUCCUGCGGCACCACGACAUCACCAUGCAGCAGGCCAUGGAGGCUGCCAGAGCAGCGGAACUCUCUGAGCAGUCCACGGCCGACAUGCAAUGCCUGCAGCUGGCAUCGCCACCUCCUCCUCCGAUGCCGGGGUGCCCUCCACCUGCCACGCAAGCCUGCCUGGUCGAUGAACUGUUGCCACCUGAAGACCCCUGCAAUGAGGUUGUUGGCCAGCUCAGGGAGCAGCCUAGGCGCCCACCACCACCACCUCCUGCUGCCCCUGCUGCAACCUUGUGCGUGGGUUGUGGUGGCCGCCAUGCCCGCACGGCUUGCCCGUUUAAGAGCACAAUCUGCCGUCGUUGCAAUAAAAAAGGGCACAUUGCCCAGAUUUGCCGUGCUUCUCUACCUGCGCUGUCCUUCCUACAGCAGCCAGCCGCAUCCCAAACGCAGCCGUGCCGCCAACCGCUGCGGCCUGCUCAGCGGGCUGAAGAUUACCACACCGUUUACCAGCCGGAGAUCGCCGGUGAAACCGUCAGCCAGGCGUCCGCCGGAGCCCGAAAGGUUUCUGCCUCUCUACAACUGGAAGUACAAUUAAUUGCAUUUCUUGGAUCCUAUUUUCUUGCAUGUUGUGGAUCAAAUUUUACAGUAUCAUCUGGUUGUAUUGUUUCUUCUAAUUUCCCUGGUCAAUAUGACAACAACUUGAACUGCAAUUAUUUCUUAGAGGCAAGACCUCAGGAUGUUGUAAUUCUAAAUUUUGAAAAUUUUGACCUGCAGUUCAUAGUUUUUCAUUUCUCUCUUUUCAUCAAACCUUGUGGUGGCACUUUUAAUGUCUCCAGGGGCAAAAUCAAAAGCCCUCUGUAUUCAUUCACAGAGUCAUCAAAUAUGAAUUGUGCAUAUCACAUAUAUGUUGAAAACAACAAAAUAUUGGCAGUCAAAAACUCUGUUGCAGUGUAUGAUGGCCCAAACAUUGCUUCUUCACUACUUGGGAAAUUCUGUGAUGCAAUCCUUCCUUCUCCUAUUAAGAGUUCCUCAAACAACUUGCUGCUAGUAUUUAGGGCAGAUGCCUUUGGAGCUGCUGAUGGAUGGGAAGCCUCUUUCAGAGAGACAAUAGGUCCUUGGCAAGGUUGUAAUGCCCACUUGAGAAACGCAAGUUAUAACUUCGGUUCUCUAGACUCUGACAAGGAUGGGAAAUAUAAUAAAGACGUAGAAUGUGUGUGGGUUUUAGCUGCCCCAAUAAACAAAUUGAUCAACCUCACCUGUGUAUCUUUUGAAUUAGAAGCUGCAGCAUCUUUUCAAAAUUGCCAAUAUAAUUAUGUCAAGUUAUAUGAUGGUAGUAAUGAAGAUGCCAAUUUAGUUGGAAUGUUCUGUGGCUCCAGACGUCCAUUUAUUUUCCUUUCUACUAACAACUUGACUGUUAAUUUUGUCACUGAUAGAUUGUUAGAAAGAGGUUUCAUUGCUACUACAUUCAGUGGUGGGAUUCAAGGCAUUCAAGAGCAUUCUGAUUCUAUCCACCGAUUCUGCACUUCCAACAACUUUAUGAUCCUAGAUUUUUAUUCUUACAGGCAAAGUGCCAUUGUAAUUUUUAGAUCAGAUGAUUAUAUGAUUAAUAAUGGAUUCCAAUUCACCUAUCAAGCUUCAGUGAAAGCCAAUUUGGUAUAG